ACAGAUAAGCAUUAUUAAACAAUCUGCUACUCAAAGUAUGAAGUGACACAUCUAGGAAUCAUGUGUUAUUAUACGAAAGCAUCGCAUAUGAAAGGAUUUAUUUUAAUGGUUCUUCUAUCAUGUGUUAUUGCAUUUCCAGUUGACGAUGACGAUAAGAGUUUACAACUUAAAAUUGGAUUCGAUUUGACACCUGGAACAAAUGGAUCACCCACACUUCGAAUACGAGAUUUUAAAGAAAUAUCCAAUCUACGAAAAUUAAACAGUGGAAAGAAAACGCCAAAAAGAUCUGUAAGGGCGGAAUACUCGAGUGAAAGUGAAAAUAACAAUGAUGAAAAAGAUGGUGGAAAAGAAAAAACAAUUCCAGAAUCUGACAUGUCUGACGAUGCCGAAACUUCAGCUUCUGAAGACGACCGACGUCUGAGCACAAGAGGUUUAAAUCCAGAAGAUUUUGAACCUGAAGACAAUCCUAAAAUCCAUGGAAAGUAUAAAGAUGAAGAAGAUUCAGAGUGAUAAAGUCUUAAGUUUACUUCUUAAUAUAUUGGCAAUUGAAACUGGAAAUUCUUAUCUUUAUUGACAGGUUUCUUUACAUAACAAUAUAGAUAAAAAUACGGAAGAUAAUAGAAAUUUUACAUAGUUUUAAGCCAGAAAUAUAAUUGUCUUAGAAAGUCUUAUUUUA